AUGGCCUUCAUUCUCAGAAGAACCUUGUUUGGGAAAAGUGUGAGCCAUGUUCUGAGCGCAGCAGUAUUCGGGACGUCGAAGCGCCUCAUCCCAGAGUCAAGCGCUCUCAGAAUGCUCCAUGUUGGAUCCCGAGCCUCACUGACAAGAGUUUUCAGUGCCAGAGAUGUUGCACUUUUUGCUGAGCUAACAGGAGACACGAACCCGCUCCACCUUGACCCUGAGUUUGCCAAAAAGACCUCUUUCGAAGCCCCCAUUGUUCACGGCGUGCUGAUUAAUGGCCUCAUCUCAGCAGUUUUGGGGACCAAAAUGCCCGGCAGAGGCUGUGUGUUUCUCUACCAGGAAAUUCGCUUCCCGGCUCCUUUGUUUGUCGGAGAGGAGGUGGUGGCUGAGGCAGAGGUGAAGAAGAUCAAAAUGUCAUUUGCUUUCAUUUCCGUUUCCUGUUCUGUCAGAGACAAAGUGGUGAUGGAGGGGGAGGUGAUGGUCAUGCUACCAGAGGACAUGCAGGAGGCUUAGUUAUUAUGAAACUUAGAUAAAUGUCUUUCAUUUCUUUCCAAAAGAUUCUUCUUGUACUUUGAAAGCUUAUGUUGUUACUCAUCCUUUUUUAACAUAGUACAAACUGCAUGAACUGUUCUGUCUUAAAAGAAGAGUUCAGCCAGAAAUAAAAAGCACACGAUUUCCCCAAUCUUUCAGUGUUGUUCAUUAGCCUAGGCAUGUUAGGUGCCUGAAGUUUGCUUUAGUUUUGUAUUGCAGUUAUAAAGCUAAUGUAGUUAACAAGUAAAGAUGCUUAUAGCUAACAAUCGCAAGCAUCACAUUUGUUCUAUUAUGUUGUCAUUUCUAUAGUAACAACUUACACAGAGACUACCCCAUAUAAUCUAACACUAAUGAUAAGCAAAUUUUAAAAAAAUUGGUUGUUAUUUUACAAAAAAAAAAAAAAUUGUUGAUAUGGUGAAGUUUUCUGUAAGAAGCCGUUUAUAUAACAUUUAUGGAAGGAGCCUUGUGUGUCAGUGUGUUUGUAAAGCCUAGUUCACACUGCACCGACACACACCAACCAACACCAAUAGACACGUUUGUCGGGUUUUUUCAGAUCAGUGUGUUAACCCUGUCGGCGUUUGUUUUCACAGACUGAACAUGUUCAAUUGGUGUUUGUCGGGUUGUGAAAUGUCUGAGCAGUGUGGUAUGAUGUUCCAACAAACUCUGACGUAAUCUGAUCUAGGCAUGAACCGUUGCCAUGACAAUGAGGCAAGUGUCCCUGAAAACUCCGUAGAAACGAAAGCCUGCGCUCUAGGUCCUAGGCGGGCUAAAUCAUUGUUCUAUGUAAAGUGGCAGAUUUCUGGACGAAUCAGAAAGAAGAAGAGUUUGUGGAUCUCUGGGAGGAGAGGCCAGAGCUUUAUGUUGUGGGUGUAGCUAUGUGUACCAACCGCAACGCAAGGUGGAAUGCGAUCAGGUCGAUUACCACAGCCCUUGGGAUAUCAGAUUAAUGACUUGAAGGUUUACCUCAAUACUUCAAUACAAUAAUAAUAUAUUAUUGAUAUGUCAAAUAAACUUGCUUGACAUUAAUGUUAAUGCGGUUACUCUUAACUUAGUGUAGUUUUUGUUCUCAAUGGUGUUUCAAUUUAGCAAUAACAGGACAGGCUGCUUUUAUAUUUGUUUUUUAAAGUCAAGUUUUAUUAAUGUCAAGAGACUGGAAAAAAAAUUAGUGUCUGGUGUGAGAACGAUUGUUUAUAGCUGCUGUAACAUAAGUGAUAAUAGGUACUUGUGUCAUGGUCCUAUAACAGCACACCCCAUCGUGUUUUAUUCCUUACUAAACUACAGGGUGUCCAUACAUAGGGGAAAUUAACACUUUUUAGCAACAUGUCUUCCAAUAUUUUUCAUACUUAGU